AAUCAGAAUCACACUUGUUAUAGUCAUAGUAGUAGUUUUCUUUUUUUCUUUUUCAAUAUAUACAUUUUUGCAGCUUCUCCAGGGACGAACCAUGGUGGUUCAUUCUUCUCCCCUCUCUUUUCAAGUACUGUUUCUUGUUCUCACGAUUUUGCUGCAGAUAGAAUCUCAUCAGAUUGAAGAUGUUGCUGCAAAAGUUGAACACCUUCCUGGUUUUGAUGGCCCACUCCCCUUUCACCUUGAAACUGGGUACGUGGGAUUGGGGGACACAGAUGAUGACUUGCAAGUAUUUUACUAUUUUAUUAAGUCAGAAAAUGAUCCUAAAAAUGACCCUCUUAUGCUAUGGCUAACUGGUGGUCCUGGUUGUUCUUCAUUUUCUGGCCUUGUCUACCAAAUUGGUCCGAUAAAAUUUAAAAUUGAGGAAUACAAUGGGAGCUUACCUAAUUUGGUCUUGAGGCCACAGUCAUGGACAAAGGUCUCUAGCAUUAUUUUUGCUGAUUUGCCAAUUGGAACAGGCUUCUCUUAUGCCAAGAAUGUCACCGCACAUCGCAGUCAUUCGAAAUUAAUUAACCAUACCCAUCUAUUUAUUAGGAAGUGGCUUCUGGAACACCCGGAAUUUCUUUCAAAUAAAUUUUACAUGGGAGCUGAUUCAUACUCUGGAAUUCCUGCCCCGGGUGUUGUUCAAGAAAUUUUAAAUGGAAAUGAUCAAGGUCUUCAACCCUGGAUAAAUCUCCAGGGUUAUCUAUUAGGAAACCCGAUUACCACUGGAAAAGAGUCAAAUGAUAAGAUGCAAUAUACUCAUGGAAUGGCACUUAUUUCCGAUGAACUCUAUUUGUCUUUGCAGAGAAAUUGUAAAGGGGAGUAUAUUGAUAUAGAUGCCAAAAAUGAAUUGUGUUUAAGAGACAUGCAAUACUAUCAAGAGGCAAGAAUACAACACGAUUAUUGUUAA